AGAGGUGGGUGGGUAGAUAGGGAGAUAGGUAGAGGGCGGAGGGAUGGGAGGGGAAGGGAAGGGAAGGGAAGGGAAGGGAAGGGGGGGGGGUCUAGCCUGCGAGCAAGGUCUCUUGCUGCCGGGAUUGGGGGAGGAAUGGGUGGGGUGGGGCAGUGAGAGACCUUGCUCGCAGGCUAGACCCGGGGAGGGUUUUGCUGCUCAACACAAUUUUUUUUUUUUUCUUACUUUUAUGAAAUUCUUGACUCAAAAUAAGCACUUUUAGAAAAAGAUGCAUUGACGUAAGAAAAAACGGGGAAAAAAAACGACGUGUGCGAAGAAACCAGCAAAAUUUGUGAUUAUACAGUUGUCAAUACUAAUGCCGGAACAACUUCUCCACACUUUGAGACCCACAGGACGCUUUUUUCCCACAUUCAACUUCGCGAGUUAGUCUACUUAUAGUACUUCCCUUUUCUUUAAUGCAGUGCAUAAACAGACCAUGAAGUUCCAAACUGCUCUUCGUCUGAAGUUGGAGAAAUUUCUUUAUUGGUCAUGGACCUUGGGUUACAUUUAACAGCCUGAUUUUAAGACUGGAUUGGAAAUAGCUUGAAUUAACCUUGCCUGCGAAAGAAACACGACCUGAUGGAAUUUCUAAACGUCAAUAGGCCGGGCAAACAAUGUUUGUUUGGUUCAUCUUGUCAACUGCCUUUUGGGUCAAGUUCGAAACUGAUGGAGAUCUCCUGAAAAUGUCCCUGGUACUCUCUUGAUGUCUCAAGUAAGAGGAUGUAAGUAUAUUUCAUUGUGGAAAAAACGUCUUUUACCCGCCGUAGGACACGCAGGAUACCACUUCGUUUUGAUCUUUCAGGCUGAGUUCAUGAUUCUAUUACAAGUUUUCGGUCGCAUCGAUAGCAUUUUAGUAUGAUUUACACUGCUACUUGCAGAUUUCCAAUUGCAGUUAAAAGGGUACCAGAUUCAGGCUAGGGUACUGUAGUUGCCUAGUUAGAGAAAAAAACGCCGUUUUUCUUGAUUUCGAAGCAAAGGGUCAUAUUGCUGGCUCCAAGUCUAUUAAAAGUCCCAUAACCUUCGCGUUUUUCAUUUAUAAGAUCAAUUUUGCUCGUUGCAGGAACACUUGUAAAAGGCGUGAGAAUAACAUGCAUAUUCUCCAUACUCAUUCCUUUACCGUUCAUCUGGCGCUAACGAGGAGAAUUUGAUUAGAAAUCACAAUUUCUUUCGCUGCUGAGCAGUUUGCUCUAUUUUCAGCCUUUUAUGAUUGAUACUGUUCAGUGGUAGGAUAUAUAGCCAGAAUGUAAAUUGAUGUUGAUCACUGUUAACCGUACAGAAACUGUUUCUUGUGAUCACAACUGAAAGCAAACGCACCGACGGACAUUUCAAGUAUUUCAAUAUUAUACAAAACUUACGGCUAAAAUCAAAAUUGCCCGUCGGAAAAAACGUGAAAGCGCUAAGUGCUUUUUUAAAUGUACGAGUGUUCCGAAAGAUACAAGAAUCCAUUGAAAAGAAGCUUUCGCAAAGCCGAGAAGGCUACAGUUUCCAUUAUGUUUGGUAAACUUUGGUUUGUUUUGGUUCUUGGACCUGUGGGACCUCAGGGACCUCUGGGCCGAAGGUUCAUGAUGUCAUUGUUUUUAACAGCCAAUCAAGGGCAAGAAUUUGAUUUGCAUAUGAAUAACAUACAAAAAAAAAAACAUUGAAUUCGUAACCGAGCCGGGAUAGCGCAAUUGGCAUAAGCAUUGAAUUGGUAAUUAAUUGGCAAACAAAGAGGUGACGGGUUCGAGUCCCGCCUGAUUAGCAUAAAAAAAAAAAAAAAAAAAAAGCGCGGCUUGGAUCUGGGAGGGCUUGGGGCGAGGAGAGGGAAGAUAAAAGGCCUUGGGAAGGGUAUGGGAAGCGGGAGUUGGUACACCGGCCCGGGGGCGGGCCGGGGGAGGGGCAGGGAGAGGGGGCAGGUGGGAGGGGGUAGGUAGAUAGGUAGAUUGGUAGAUUGAGGGCUAGGCCAGAUAGAUAGAUAGAGAGGUAGAUAGGUAGAUAGGUAGAGGGGUAGGUAGAGGUGGGUGGGUAGAUAGGGAGAUAGGUAGAGGGCGGAGGGAUGGGAGGGGAAGGGGAAGGAAGGGAAGGGAAGGGAAGGAAGGGAGGGGUCUAGCCUGCGAGCAAGGUCUCUUGCUGCCGGGAUUGGGGGAGGAAUGGGUGGGGUGGGGCAGUGAGAGACCUUGCUCGCAGGCUAGACCCGGGGAGGGUUUUGCUGCUCAACACAAUUUUUUUUUUUUUCUUCUUACUUUUAUGAAAUUCUUGACUCAAAAUAAGCACUUUUAGAAAAAGAUGCAUUGACGUAAGAAAAAAACGGGGAAAAAAAAACGACGUGUGCGAAGAAACCAGCAAAAUUUGUGAUUAUACAGUUGUCAAUACUAAUGCCGGAACAACUUCUCCACACUUUGAGACCCACAGGACGCUUUUUUCCCACAUUCAACUUCGCGAGUUAGUCUACUUAUAGUACUUCCCUUUUCUUUAAUGCAGUGCAUAAACAGACCAUGAAGUUCCAAACUGCUCUUCGUCUGAAGUUGGAGAAAUUUCUUUAUUGGUCAUGGACCUUGGGUUACAUUUAACAGCCUGAUUUUAAGACUGGAUUGGAAAUAGCUUGAAUUAACCUUGCCUGCGAAAAAAACACGACCUGAUGGAAUUUCUAAACGUCAAUAGGCCGGGCAAACAAUGUUUGUUUGGUUCAUCUUGUCAACUGCCUUUUGGGUCAAGUUCGAAACUGAUGGAGAUCUCCUGAAAUGUCCCUGGUACUCUCUUGAUGUCUCAAGUAAGAGGAUGUAAGUAUAUUUCAUUGUGGAAAAAACGUCUUUUACCCGCCGUAGGACACGCAGGAUACCACUUCGUUUUGAUCUUUCAGGCUGAGUUCAUGAUUCUAUUACAAGUUUUCGGUCGCAUCGAUAGCAUUUUAGUAUGAUUUACACUGCUACUUGCAGAUUUCCAAUUGCAGUUAAAAGGGUACCAGAUUCAGGCUAGGGUACUGUAGUUGCCUAGUUAGAGAAAAACGCCGUUUUUCUUGAUUUCGAAGCAAAGGGUCAUAUUGCUGGCUCCAAGUCUAUUAAAAGUCCCAUAACCUUCGCGUUUUUCAUUUAUAAGAUCAAUUUUGCUCGUUGCAGGAACACUUGUAAAAGGCGUGAGAAUAACAUGCAUAUUCUCCAUACUCAUUCCUUUACCGUUCAUCUGGCGCUAACGAGGAGAAUUUGAUUAGAAAUCACAAUUUCUUUCGCUGCUGAGCAGUUUGCUCUAUUUUCAGCCUUUUAUGAUUGAUACUGUUCAGUGGUAGGAUAUAUAGCCAGAAUGUAAAUUGAUGUUGAUCACUGUUAACCGUACAGAAACUGUUUCUUGUGAUCACAACUGAAAGCAAACGCACCGACGGACAUUUCAAGUAUUUCAAUAUUAUACAAAACUUACGGCUAAAAUCAAAAUUGCCCGUCGGAAAAAACGUGAAAGCGCUAAGUGCUUUUUUAAAUGUACGAGUGUUCCGAAAGAUACAAGAAUCCAUUGAAAAGAAGCUUUCGCAAAGCCGAGAAGGCUACAGUUUCCAUUAUGUUUGGUAAACUUUGGUUUGUUUUGGUUCUUGGACCUGUGGGACCUCAGGGACCUCUGGGCCGAAGGUUCAUGAUGUCAUUGUUUUUAACAGCCAAUCAAGGGCAAGAAUUUGAUUUGCAUAUGAAUAACAUACAAAAAAACCAUUGAAUUCGUAACCGAGCCGGGAUAGCGCAAUUGGCAUAAGCAUUGAAUUGGUAAUUAAUUGGCAAACAAAGAGGGGACGGGUUCGAGUCCCGCCUGAUUAGCAAAAAAAAAAAAAAAAAAAAAAAGAGCGCGGCUUGGAUCGGGGAGGGCUUGGGGCGAGGAGAGGGAAGAUAAAAGGCCUUGGGAAGGGUAUGGGAAGCGGGAGUUGGUACACCGGCCCGGGGGCGGGCCGGGGGGAAGGGCAGGGAGAGGGGGCAGGUGGGAGGGGGGUAGGUAGAUAGGUAGAUUGGUAGAUUGAGGGCUAGGUAGAUAGAUAGAGAGGUAGAUAGGUAGAUAGGUAGAGGGGUAGGUAGAGGUGGGUGGGUAGAUAGGGAGAUAGGUAGAGGGCGGAGGGAUGGGAGGGGGAAGGGAAGGGAAGGGAAGGGAAGGGAAGGGAGGGGGUCUAGCCUGCGAGCAAGGUCUCUUGCUGCCGGGAUUGGGGGGAGGAAUGGGUGGGGUGGGGCAGUGAGAGACCUUGCUCGCAGGCUAGACCCGGGGAGGGUUUUGCUGCUCAACACAAUUUUUUUUUUCUUCUUACUUUUAUGAAAUUCUUGACUCAAAAUAAGCACUUUUAGAAAAAGAUGCAUUGACGUAAGAAAAAAACGGGGAAAAAAACGACGUGUGCGAAGAAACCAGCAAAAUUUGUGAUUAUACAGUUGUCAAUACUAAUGCCGGAACAACUUCUCCACACUUUGAGACCCACAGGACGCUUUUUCCCACAUUCAACUUCGCGAGUUAGUCUACUUAUAGUACUUCCCUUUUCUUUAAUGCAGUGCAUAAACAGACCAUGAAGUUCCAAACUGCUCUUCGUCUGAAGUUGGAGAAAUUUCUUUAUUGGUCAUGGACCUUGGGUUACAUUUAACAGCCUGAUUUUAAGACUGGAUUGGAAAUAGCUUGAAUUAACCUUGCCUGCGAAAGAAACACGACCUGAUGGAAUUUCUAAACGUCAAUAGGCCGGGCAAACAAUGUUUGUUUGGUUCAUCUUGUCAACUGCCUUUUGGGUCAAGUUCGAAACUGAUGGAGAUCUCCUGGAAAUGUCCCUGGUACUCUCUUGAUGUCUCAAGUAAGAGGAUGUAAGUAUAUUUCAUUGUGGAAAAAACGUCUUUUACCCGCCGUAGGACACGCAGGAUACCACUUCGUUUUGAUCUUUCAGGCUGAGUUCAUGAUUCUAUUACAAGUUUUCGGUCGCAUCGAUAGCAUUUUAGUAUGAUUUACACUGCUACUUGCAGAUUUCCAAUUGCAGUUAAAAGGGUACCAGAUUCAGGCUAGGGUACUGUAGUUGCCUAGUUAGAGAAAAAAACGCCGUUUUUCUUGAUUUCGAAGCAAAGGGUCAUAUUGCUGGCUCCAAGUCUAUUAAAAGUCCCAUAACCUUCGCGUUUUUCAUUUAUAAGAUCAAUUUUGCUCGUUGCAGGAACACUUGUAAAAGGCGUGAGAAUAACAUGCAUAUUCUCCAUACUCAUUCCUUUACCGUUCAUCUGGCGCUAACGAGGAGAAUUUGAUUAGAAAUCACAAUUUCUUUCGCUGCUGAGCAGUUUGCUCUAUUUUCAGCCUUUUAUGAUUGAUACUGUUCAGUGGUAGGAUAUAUAGCCAGAAUGUAAAUUGAUGUUGAUCACUGUUAACCGUACAGAAACUGUUUCUUGUGAUCACAACUGAAAGCAAACGCACCGACGGACAUUUCAAGUAUUUCAAUAUUAUACAAAACUUACGGCUAAAAUCAAAAUUGCCCGUCGGAAAAAACGUGAAAGCGCUAAGUGCUUUUUUAAAUGUACGAGUGUUCCGAAAGAUACAAGAAUCCAUUGAAAAGAAGCUUUCGCAAAGCCGAGAAGGCUACAGUUUCCAUUAUGUUUGGUAAACUUUGGUUUGUUUUGGUUCUUGGACCUGUGGGACCUCAGGGACCUCUGGGCCGAAGGUUCAUGAUGUCAUUGUUUUUAACAGCCAAUCAAGGGCAAGAAUUUGAUUUGCAUAUGAAUAACAUACAAAAAAACCAUUGAAUUCGUAACCGAGCCGGGAUAGCGCAAUUGGCAUAAGCAUUGAAUUGGUAAUUAAUUGGCAAACAAAGAGGUGACGGGUUCGAGUCCCGCCUGAUUAGCAAAAAAAAAAAAAAAAAAAAAAAAGAGAGCGCGGCUUGGAUCUGGGAGGGCUUGGGGCGAGGAGAGGGAAGAUAAAAGGCCUUGGGAAGGGUAUGGGAAGCGGGAGUUGGUACACCGGCCCCCGGGGGGCGGGCCGGGGAAGGGCAGGGAGAGGGGGGGCAGGUGGGAGGGGGGGUAGGUAGAUAGGUAGAUUGGUAGAUUGAGGGCUAGGUAGAUAGAUAGAGAGGUAGAUAGGUAGAUAGGUAGAGGGGUAGGUAGGUAGGGUGGGUGGGUAGAUAGGGAGAUAGGUAGAGGGCGGAGGGAUGGGAGGGGAAGGGAAGGGAAGGGAAGGGAAGGGAAGGGAAGGGGGGGGUCUAGCCUGCGAGCAAGGUCUCUUGCUGCCGGGAUUGGGGGAGGAAUGGGUGGGGUGGGGCAGUGAGAGACCUUGCUCGCAGGCUAGACCCGGGGAGGGUUUUGCUGCUCAACACAAUUUUUUUUUUUUCUUCUUACUUUUAUGAAAUUCUUGACUCAAAAUAAGCACUUUUAGAAAAAGAUGCAUUGACGUAAGAAAAAAACGGGGAAAAAAACGACGUGUGCGAAGAAACCAGCAAAAUUUGUGAUUAUACAGUUGUCAAUACUAAUGCCGGAACAACUUCUCCACACUUUGAGACCCACAGGACGCUUUUUCCCACAUUCAACUUCGCGAGUUAGUCUACUUAUAGUACUUCCCUUUUCUUUAAUGCAGUGCAUAAACAGACCAUGAAGUUCCAAACUGCUCUUCGUCUGAAGUUGGAGAAAUUUCUUUAUUGGUCAUGGACCUUGGGUUACAUUUAACAGCCUGAUUUUAAGACUGGAUUGGAAAUAGCUUGAAUUAACCUUGCCUGCGAAAGAAACACGACCUGAUGGAAUUUCUAAACGUCAAUAGGCCGGGCAAACAAUGUUUGUUUGGUUCAUCUUGUCAACUGCCUUUUGGGUCAAGUUCGAAACUGAUGGAGAUCUCCUGGAAAUGUCCCUGGUACUCUCUUGAUGUCUCAAGUAAGAGGAUGUAAGUAUAUUUCAUUGUGGAAAAAACGUCUUUUACCCGCCGUAGGACACGCAGGAUACCACUUCGUUUUGAUCUUUCAGGCUGAGUUCAUGAUUCUAUUACAAGUUUUCGGUCGCAUCGAUAGCAUUUUAGUAUGAUUUACACUGCUACUUGCAGAUUUCCAAUUGCAGUUAAAAGGGUACCAGAUUCAGGCUAGGGUACUGUAGUUGCCUAGUUAGAGAAAAACGCCGUUUUUCUUGAUUUCGAAGCAAAGGGUCAUAUUGCUGGCUCCAAGUCUAUUAAAAGUCCCAUAACCUUCGCGUUUUUCAUUUAUAAGAUCAAUUUUGCUCGUUGCAGGAACACUUGUAAAAGGCGUGAGAAUAACAUGCAUAUUCUCCAUACUCAUUCCUUUACCGUUCAUCUGGCGCUAACGAGGAGAAUUUGAUUAGAAAUCACAAUUUCUUUCGCUGCUGAGCAGUUUGCUCUAUUUUCAGCCUUUUAUGAUUGAUACUGUUCAGUGGUAGGAUAUAUAGCCAGAAUGUAAAUUGAUGUUGAUCACUGUUAACCGUACAGAAACUGUUUCUUGUGAUCACAACUGAAAGCAAACGCACCGACGGACAUUUCAAGUAUUUCAAUAUUAUACAAAACUUACGGCUAAAAUCAAAAUUGCCCGUCGGAAAAACGUGAAAGCGCUAAGUGCUUUUUAAAUGUACGAGUGUUCCGAAAGAUACAAGAAUCCAUUGAAAAAGAAGCUUUCGCAAAGCCGAGAAGGCUACAGUUUCCAUUAUGUUUGGUAAACUUUGGUUUGUUUUGGUUCUUGGACCUGUGGGACCUCAGGGACCUCUGGGCCGAAGGUUCAUGAUGUCAUUGUUUUUAACAGCCAAACAAGGGCAAGAAUUUGAUUUGCAUAUGAAUAACAUACAAAAAAAACCAUUGAAUUCGUAACCGAGCCGGGAUAGCGCAAUUGGCAUAAGCAUUGAAUUGGUAAUUAAUUGGCAAACAAAGAGGUGACGGGUUCGAGUCCCGCCUGAUUAGCAUAAAAAAAAAAAAAAAAAAAAAAAAGAGCGCGGCUUGGAUCUGGGAGGGCUUGGGGCGAGGAGAGGGAAGAUAAAAGGCCUUGGGAAGGGUAUGGGAAGCGGGAGUUGGUACACCGGCCCGGGGGCGGCCGGGGGGGGGCAGGCAGGGAGAGGGGCAGGUGGGAGGGGGGUAGGUAGAUAGGUAGAUUGGUAGAUUGAGGGCUAGGUAGAUAGAUAGAUAGAGGUAGAUAGGUAGAUAGGUAGAGGGGUAGGUAGAGGUGGGUGGGUAGAUAGGGAGAUAGGUAGAGGGCGGAGGGAUGGGAGGGGAAGGGAAGGGAAGGGAAGGGAAGGGAAGGGAAGGGAGGGGGGUCUAGCCUGCGAGCAAGGUCUCUUGCUGCCGGGAUUGGGGGGAGGAAUGGGUGGGGUGGGGCAGUGAGAGACCUUGCUCGCAGGCUAGACCCGGGGAGGGUUUUGCUGCUCAACACAAUUUUUUUUUUUCUUACUUUUAUGAAAUUCUUGACUCAAAAUAAGCACUUUUAGAAAAAGAUGCAUUGACGUAAGAAAAAAACGGGGAAAAAAAACGACGUGUGCGAAGAAACCAGCAAAAUUUGUGAUUAUACAGUUGUCAAUACUAAUGGAACAACUUCUCCACACUUUGAGACCCACAGGACGCUUUUUUCCACAUUCAACUUCGCGAGUUAGAUAGUUUUUUUUUAAUGCAGUGCAUAAACAGACCAUGAAGUUCCAAACUGCUCUUCGUCUGAAGUUGGAGAAUUUUCUUUAUUGGUCAUGGACCUUGGGUUACAUUUAACAGCCUGAUUUUAAGACUGGAUUGGAAAUAGCUUGAAUUAACCUUGCCUGCGAAAGAAACACGACCUGAUGGAAUUUCUAAACGUCAAUAGGCCGGGCAAACAAUGUUUGUUUGGUUCAUCUUGUCAACUGCCUUUUGGGUCAAGUUCGAAACUGAUGGAGAUCUCCUGGAAAUGUCCCUGGUACUCUCUUGAUGUCUCAAGUAAGAGGAUGUAAGUAUAUUUCAUUGUGGAAAAAACGUCUUUUACCCGCCGUAGGACACGCAGGAUACCACUUCGUUUUGAUCUUUCAGGCUGAGUUCAUGAUUCUAUUACAAGUUUUCGGUCGCAUCGAUAGCAUUUUAGUAUGAUUUACACUGCUACUUGCAGAUUUCCAAUUGCAGUUAAAAGGGUACCAGAUUCAGGCUAGGGUACUGUAGUUGCCUAGUUAGAGAAAAACGCCGUUUUUCUUGAUUUCGAAGCAAAGGGUCAUAUUGCUGGCUCCAAGUCUAUUAAAAGUCCCAUAACCUUCGCGUUUUUCAUUUAUAAGAUCAAUUUUGCUCGUUGCAGGAACACUUGUAAAAGGCGUGAGAAUAACAUGCAUAUUCUCCAUACUCAUUCCUUUACCGUUCAUCUGGCGCUAACGAGGAGAAUUUGAUUAGAAAUCACAAUUUCUUUCGCUGCUGAGCAGUUUGCUCUAUUUUCAGCCUUUUAUGAUUGAUACUGUUCAGUGGUAGGAUAUAUAGCCAGAAUGUAAAUUGAUGUUGAUCACUGUUAACCGUACAGAAACUGUUUCUUGUGAUCACAACUGAAAGCAAACGCACCGACGGACAUUUCAAGUAUUUCAAUAUUAUACAAAACUUACGGCUAAAAUCAAAAUUGCCCGUCGGAAAAAACGUGAAAGCGCUAAGUGCUUUUUAAAUGUACGAGCAUUCCGAAAGAUACAAGAAUCCAUUGAAAAGAAGCUUUCGCAAAGCCGAGAAGGCUACAGUUUCCAUUAUGUUUGGUAAACUUUGGUUUGUUUUGGUUCUUGGACCUGUGGGACCUCAGGGACCUCUGGGCCGAAGGUUCAUGAUGUCAUUGUUUUUAACAGCCAAUCAAGGGCAAGAAUUUGAUUUGCAUAUGAAUAACAUACAAAAAAACCAUUGAAUUCGUAACCGAGCCGGGAUAGCGCAAUUGGCAUAAGCAUUGAAUUGGUAAUUAAUUGGCAAACAAAGAGGUGACGGGUUCGAGUCCCGCCUGAUUAGCAUAAAAAAGAAAAAAAAAAAAAAAAGAGCGCGGCUUGGAUCUGGGAGGGCUUGGGGCGAGGAGAGGGAAGAUAAAAGGCCUUGGGAAGGGUAUGGGAAGCGGGAGUUGGUACACCCGGUCCGGGGGCGGGCCGGGGGAGGGGCAGGGAGAGGGGGCAGGUGGGAGGGGGGUAGGUAGAUAGGUAGAUUGGUAGAUUGAGGGCUAGGUAGAUAGAUAGAUAGUAGAUAGGUAGAUAGGUAGAUAGGUAGAGGUGGGUGGGUAGAUAGGGAGAUAGGUAGAGGGCGGAGGGAUGGGAGGGGAGGGAAGGGAAGGGAAGGAAGGAAGGGAAGGGAAGGGGAGGGGUCUAGCCUGCGAGCAAGGUCUCUUGCUGCCGGGAUUGGGGGAGGAAUGGGUGGGGUGGGGCAGUGAGAGACCUUGCUCGCAGGCUAGACCCAGGGAGGGUUUUGCUGCUCAACACAAUUUUUUUUUUUCUUCUUUUUUUAUGAAAUUCUUGACUCAAAAUAAGCACUUUUAGAAAAAGAUGCAUUGACGUAAGAAAAAACGGGGAAAAAAACGACGUGUGCGAAGAAACCAGCAAAAUUUGUGAUUAUACAGUUGUCAAUACUAAUGCCGGAACAACUUCUCCACACUUUGAGACCCACAGGACGCUUUUUCCCACAUUCAACUUCGCGAGUUAGUCUACUUACCCUUUUUCUUUAAUGCAGUGCAUAAACAGACCAUGAAGUUCCAAACUGCUCUUCGUCUGAAGUUGGAGAAUUUUCUUUAUUGGUCAUGGACCUUGGGUUACAUUUAACAGCCUGAUUUUAAGACUGGAUUGGAAAUAGCUUGAAUUAACCUUGCCUGCGAAAGAAACACGACCUGAUGGAAUUUCUAAACGUCAAUAGGCCGGGCAAACAAUGUUUGUUUGGUUCAUCUUGUCAACUGCCUUUUGGGUCAAGUUCGAAACUGAUGGAGAUCUCCUGGAAAUGUCCCUGGGACUCUUGUGAUGUCUCAAGUAAGAGGAUGUAAGUAUAUUUCAUUCUGGAAAAAACGUCUUUUACCUGCCGUAGGACACGCAGGAUACCACUUCGUUUUGAUCUUUCAGGCUGAGUUCAUGAUUCUAUUACAAGUUUUCGGUCGCAUCGAUAGCAUUUUAGUAUGAUUUACACUGCUACUUGCAGAUUUCCUAUUGCAAUCAAAAGGGUAGCAGAUUCAGGCUAGAGUACUGUAGUUGCCUAGUUAGAGAAAAACGCCGUUUUUCUUGAUUUCGAAGCAAAGGGUCAUAUUGCUGGCUCCAAGUCUAUUAAAAGUCCCAUAACCUUCGCGUUUUUCAUUUAUAAGAUCAAUUUUGCUCGUUGCAGGAACACUUGUAAAAGGCGUGAGAAUAACAUGCAUAUUCUCCAUACUCAUUCCUUUACCGUUCAUCUGGCGCUAACGAGGAGAAUUUGAUUAGAAAUCACAAUUUCUUUCGCUGCUGAGCAGUUUGCUCUAUUUUCAGCCUUUUAUGAUUGAUACUGUUCAGUGGUAGGAUAUAUAGCCAGAAUGUAAAUUGAUGUUGAUCACUGUUAACCGUACAGAAACUGUUUCUUGUGAUCACAACUGAAAGCAAACGCACCGACGGACAUUUCAAGUAUUUCAAUAUUAUACAAAACUUACGGCUAAAAUCAAAAUUGCCCGUCGGAAAAACGUGAAAGCGCUAAGUGCUUUUUAAAUGUACGAGCAUUCCGAAAGAUACAAGAAUCCAUUGAAAAGAAGCUUUCGCAAAGCCGAGAAGGCUACAGUUUCCAUUAUGUUUGGUAAACUUUGGUUUGUUUUGGUUCUUGGACCUGUGGGACCUCAGGGACCUCUGGGCCGAAGGCUCAUGAUGUCAUUGUUUUUAACAGCCAAUCAAGGGCAAGAAUUUGAUUUGCAUAUGAAUAACAUACAAAAAAAACCAUUGAAUUCGUAACCGAGCCGGGAUAGCGCAAUUGGCAUAAGCAUUGAAUUGGUAAUUAAUUGGCAAACAAAGAGGUGACGGGUUCGAGUCCCGCCUGAUUAGCAUAAAAAAAAAAAAAAAAAAAAAAAAGCGCGGCUUGGAUCUGGGAGGGCUUGGGGCGAGGAGAGGGAAGAUAAAAGGCCUUGGGAAGGGUAUGGGAAGCGGGAGUUGGUACACCGGUCCGGGGGCGGGCCGGGGAGGGGGGCAGGGAGAGGGGGCAGGUGGGAGGGGGUAGGUAGAUAGGCAGAUAGGUAGAUAGGUAGGUAGAUAGAUAGAAAGGUAGAUAGGUAGAUAGGUAGAUAGGAAGGUAGAGGUGGGUGGGUAGAUAGGGAGAUAGGUAGAGGGCGGAGGGAUGGGAGGGGAAGGGAAGGAAGGGAAGGAAGGGAAGGAAGGGAAGGGAGGGUCUAGCCUGCGAGCAAGGUCUCUUGCUGCCGGGAUUGGGGGAGGAAUGGGUGGGGUGGGGCAGUGAGAGACCUUGCUCGCAGGCUAGACCCGGGGAGGGUUUUGCUGCUCAACACAAUUUUUUUUUUUUUUUCUUCUUACUUUUAUGAAAUUCUUGACUCAAAAUAAGCACUUUUAGAAAAAGAUGCAUUGACGUAAGAAAAAACGGGGAAAAAAAAACGACGUGUGCGAAGAAACCAGCAAAAUUUGUGAUUAUACAGUUGUCAAUACUAAUGGGAACAACUUCUCCACACUUUGAGACCCACAGGACGCUUUUUCCCACAUUCAACUUCGCUUAUAGUACCCUUUUCUUUAAUGCAGUGCAUAAACAGACCAUGAAGUUCCAAACUGCUCUUCGUCUGAAGUUGGAGAAUUUUCUUUAUUGGUCAUGGACCUUGGGUUACAUUUAACAGCCUGAUUUUAAGACUGGAUUGGAAAUAGCUUGAAUUAACCUUGCCUGCGAAAAAAACACGACCUGAUGGAAUUUCUAAACGUCAAUAGGCCGGGCAAACAAUGUUUGUUUGGUUCAUCUUGUCAACUGCCUUUUGGGUCAAGUUCGAAACUGAUGGAGAUCUCCUGGAAAUGUCCCUGGGACUCUUGUGAUGUCUCAAGUAAGAGGAUGUAAGUAUAUUUCAUUCUGGAAAAAACGUCUUUUACCUGCCGUAGGACACGCAGGAUACCACUUCGUUUUGAUCUUUCAGGCUGAGUUCAUGAUUCUAUUACAAGUUUUCGGUCGCAUCGAUAGCAUUUUAGUAUGAUUUACACUGCUACUUGCAGAUUUCCUAUUGCAAUCAAAAGGGUAGCAGAUUCAGGCUAGAGUACUGUAGUUGCCUAGUUAGAGAAAAACGCCGUUUUUCUUGAUUUCGAAGCAAAGGGUCAUAUUGCUGGCUCCAAGUCUAUUAAAAGUCCCAUAACCUUCGCGUUUUUCAUUUAUAAGAUCAAUUUUGCUCGUUGCAGGAACACUUGUAAAAGGCGUGAGAAUAACAUGCAUAUUCUCCAUACUCAUUCCUUUACCGUUCAUCUGGCGCUAACCAGGAGAAUUUGAUUAGAAAUCACAAUUUCUUUCGCUGCUGAGCAGUUUGCUCUAUUUUCAGCCUUUUAUGAUUGAUACUGUUCAGUGGUAGGAUAUAUAGCCAGAAUGUAAAUUGAUGUUGAUCACUGUUAACCGUACAGAAACUGUUUCUUGUGAUCACAACUGAAAGCAAACGCACCGACGGACAUUUCAAGUAUUUCAAUAUUAUACAAAACUUACGGCUAAAAUCAAAAUUGCCCGUCGGAAAAACGUGAAAGCGCUAAGUGCUUUUUAAAUGUACGAGCAUUCCGAAAGAUACAAGAAUCCAUUGAAAAGAAGCUUUCAAAAGCCGAGAAGGCUACAGUUUCCAUUAUGUUUGGUAAACUUUGGUUUGUUUUGGUUCUUGGACCUGUGGGACCUCAGGGACCUCUGGGCCGAAGGCUCAUGAUGUCAUUGUUUUUUAACAGCCAAUCAAGGGCAAGAAUUUGAUUUGCAUAUGAAUAACAUACAAAAAAACCAUUGAAUUCGUAACCGAGCCGGGAUAGCGCAAUUGGCAUAAGCAUUGAAUUGGUAAUUAAUUGGCAAAAAAAGAGGUGACGGGUUCGAGUCCCGCCUGAUUAGCAAAAAAAAGAAAAAAAAAAAAAAGAGAGCGCGGCUUGGAUCUGGGAGGGCUUGGGGCGAGGAGAGGGAAGAUAAAAGGCCUUGGGAAGGGUAUGGGAAGCGGGAGUUGGUACACCGGUCCGGGGGCGGGCCGGGGGGAGGGCAGGGAGAGGGGCAGGUGGGAGGGGGGGUAGGUAGAUAGGUAGAUUGGUAGAUUGAGGGCUAGGUAGAUAGAUAGAUAGAUGGGUAGAUAGGUAGAUAGGUAGAGGUGGGUAGGUAGAUAGGGAGAUAGGUAGAGGGCGGAGGGAUGGGAGGGGGAAGGGAAGGGAAGGGAAGAGAAGGGAAGGGAAGGGAAGGGAGGGGGUCUAG